AUGCGCAACACUGCGUUUGUUGGCGGCUCCGGCACUGGCGUGGGAGGCAUGAAGUUUCCCAUGUCAGCAAGAGAGCGCGAUGACCUCAUGGAGCUCAGCGAUGUCUCCUUCCUCUCAAGGGAGAGGUACGAGGACGAUGGCAAAGAUAUAUCCGAUGAGUCCGACCAGGACUUUGAGGCCAGUGGCAGGCAUCGACAACGACUGUUUUCCUGCCUUGUGGUGUCGGCGUGCGCCGUUGUCUGCAUUAGCUUUAUUGCGUUGGCCAAGUCCAGCAUGGACGGCCUGUUGGCGCGGCCCGGGCCCCCCUGGACCUCUGUUAGCGCUUGGGGCCCCCCCACGGAGGUGUUUGCCUCCUUGGGUGAGGGUCUCUGCCUGGACGUCCAUCGCAGGUCUGUGCCAGCAAGCUUUAACACCACCGAGUUCGAGGAGCUCAGGGGUGCCUUUUUUCAGCCAGCUCACGUGGCCUCGGAUGGCUCCAGCAGUGACUGCCAGGCGCGAUGUGCGGCUCUGAAGGACUGCACCGGCUACGUCACCUUCUAUGCAGACACGGCCGACCAGCCGCAAAGCGGCUGCUCGCUGAUUCAGGAGGACGAUGGCUAUCCCGCAGCGGGCGAUGGCAACAGCAGCUAUCAUUGUUUCUGGAGGCAUCACUUUCCUCACAAUAGCGCCGGGAUCUACGAUCCGCCUCGCCAGAGAGUUUCCUCCAUCAUUUGGACCUACUGGCAGGACAUGCACCAGGAGGAAACGAACGCCACCGUACGUCUUCGGGCCUUCCUGGACUUGUGCCACCAGUCUUGGAGGCAGCUGAAUCCUGGCUGGUAUGUGCGAAUCCUGAACCAGGACACUAUCUGGCAGUACCUCCUCAAAGAGGAAAUGCCAGAAGGCUUCGACGAUCUGUCGAUUCAGCACAAGUCCGAUGCGAUUCGCUUGGCCCUACUGGUCAAGUAUGGCGGUGUCUGGCUGGAUGCCUCAACGCUGCUGCUUCAGCCACUGAGCAACGUGGUGAACAUGGUGGAUCCUUCCCAGCGCAUUUUCUACGCGAACGAGAACAUUAUCAACCGAGAGGUUUGGGCUGAAAAUCGCUACGGCUCGGAGUUCCACAUCGAGAACUGGUUCUUUGCAGCCCCUCCGCAGGACCCCUUCCUCGCGAGGACAAUGAGCUGUGUGAAGUUCGGGCAUUCGAUCACCGACAAAUUCAAACUCGGAGAACGUCCUGACAUCUUCACAGCCAGGCAGCUGGAGGACCUUCAUGCUUUAGGAAUCGGAAACUAUCUCAUGACGGAUGCAUGCAUGUUCAAGACGAUCGAUGAGGACAAGGCUCUCUACGAUUGGUGGAGAAGCCCCUCCGUACACCGGAUCAACUGGCUUGGACACUUGCGGAACUCCUGGUUUGAGCAUCCAAACAGAACGAGGAAAGAGAUAUUCUUCAACGUGACGACCGAGAUCGUGACCGUCUUCACAGGAGGAAGCAUUCACCUGCUGAAGUUUACGGGCGGUAUGCGGUACGCGCUCCUGAGAGACUUGAGCCCAAAAGAGUUGUACGGCUGCGUGGACAGUUCGUGGAGUAUCACGUUGACCGCAGUGGGGCUCUUUAGCCCCUCGAAGUGCUCUGAGCUGGCCAAGAAGGGGGCCAACACCUGGCUUCCCACAAAGAAAGACGCGGAGCAGGCCUCUCAUAAGAAGAGUGCUGGAGAGCUUUGCAGGGGAGUCGAUGAGCAUGGGAUUCCAGGACAGCUUCAGGUGCAUAUCUGCGAGGCCAUCCCUUCUGAACGAUAUCUCCGGAAUCCUACACCCGGACCCCUGGAACCAUAA